AUUAUGACAAUAGAGAUAAAACGGCAUAAACAGAAUUGGUAUAUAUAGAUGUAAGUGAGCGGUGUCAAGUCAGUAGUGUCAGUGCACAACGUCAAGAUGGCGCUUCAUUUGCUCGUGGCUUUGGUUCUCCUUGCAGGGACUGCCCACAAUUCCUUUUCCCCCGAGAAGUCCCUACUGGACAUCAAUUGGGAUAAUAUUGUUGCCGCCAUACCUGGCCUUGUCGCCAGCAUCCAAGAAAUCGUUGCAGGAAUUGAAUGGGCCAAUGUUCUAGAAACGAUACAGAACGUCAUCAACAAUCUUCCUGCAAUUAUUGGAAAUCUUCCUGCUAUCAUCGAAAAUCUUCCCGGCGACCUCCCUGAAAUCAUUGGGAGCCUGCCCGACCUCAUCGGUAGCUUGCCCGACGUCAUUGGGAACCUCCCCGAGAUCAUUGAAAACAUUAACUGGGACGCUAUUCUUGACCACUUGCCUGACAUCGACUGGCCUUCUGUAAUCGAAAACUUGCCCGACAUCGUUGCCAAUCUUCCCGAAAUUAUCGCCAAUCUACCCGACAUUAUUGGCAAUCUCCCUGGGAUCAUUGAAAACCUUCCUGAUAUCGACUGGCCCGCAAUCAUCGAUCUCCUCCCUGAGAUCGAGCGCGACCCUGGUGUAAUUAGCCACAUCAGCCAACACCCCAGUCUUGUGCAGAUUGAGGUUGGUUACAGCAGCAUCUGGCUUAUGGGCUGUACUGGUAGCAUCUUGAACACUGGUUACGUCCUAACUGCUGCUCGCUGCGUCUCUGGCCGCCUGUACGACCCCCGCAUCCGCCGUAUCAGGGCUGGCGCUAACAGCCGUGGUGGUGACGGUGUGGUCUACCCCGUCAGCUACGCAAUCCCUCACCCUAGCUUUGGUGACAACGGUUUCGACGGUGAUAUUGCUGUCGUCAGAGUUUUGGGUGUCAUUCACUACGGCCCUAACAUUCAACGUGUUGGAAUCACUAGCCAGGGUGUAUUCUUCCCUGCUGGCGUCCGCGUAGUCAACGCAGGAUGGGGUUCCACUGCUCAAGGCAAAACCAUCUCCAACCGCGAUCUGCACCGCUCCGAUUUAUACGUGGUCGACCACUGGCAGUGUGCAAACAAAUUCUCUCAGUUCGUCGUUCCGAUUACCGUCUCCCACAACAUGAUUUGCGCCGGCCGCGCGCGCUCUGGAGGCCGUAUGGCCGACCUGAGGGACGCUGGAGGUCCUCUCUACUACGACGGCACCUUGGUCGGAGUACUGAGCUUCGGUCGCUACUUCCUCCGUGACGAAUACCCCGUCGUCGCCACCUCUGUCAGCUCUUACACCACCUGGAUCGUGAACACUGCCGUCUAAUUGUGAUAAACGUAUUAUUUAUUGAAAAUUAUUUAAUAAAUUAUUACUAUCAAUUUCUAAAA